AUGGAGCCAGAUAGAGAGUCGCGAUUGUCUGUUAGCUCGCUCGCCGAAGGAUUUUCCCCGUUACCAAUUCCGAGAGCGCGCCAGUCGUUGCGACAAUCCGUCCGUCCGCCGCAGCCCCAGAAGCCUGGUCCUGACACCGAGAAGGAAGAACUUCGCGUGCAGGUUAGCACCUUACGAUAUGAAUUGGAGAAUAUCAAACAGGAGCGUGAUGUGACGGCACUACGUCACGAGAAAGAGCUUCGAGAUUUACAACUGAAGGCGGAUGCGGAUUUUCGGAAGGCUCAGGCCGCCGAAUCAGCUAGUCACCGUGCGAACCACAAGAGCGAGACCCUCGCCAAGGAGCUCAAGGAUGUCCAGGACAACGCGCUCAACGAGAAAGUCGGUCUCGAACGGAAAUUGAGAACCCUACAAGAUCAAAACCAAAACCUGCAGGAAGAGAUCAGCGACGCUCAGGCGCAACAAUCAGACCAGGAACGACAAUUUAAGUACCAAAUCAAUGAAUUAGAAGCCAUCCGCUCAUCCCUCCAACAAACCAUCGAAACCCUCCAAUCCGAAGUCGAGAGCGUGAAAAAUGAUCUCCACGGAGCCCAAGGGCGGUUGUCUGAACAAGAGGCCAGUGUCGCAGAGCUGGAAACGGAGAAUAUCCACCUCAAGGCGGAGGGGAGCGAUGCGGAGACACUGGCCGUUCUCAAGAGGGAACUCUCCGACCAAGUGAACCAUAUCAGGAAUCUCGAAACUACAAACCGGGAACAAACGGUGGAAUUACGGCAUCUACGCAAGAUUCAAAGGAAUGUUGAGGUUGUGGAGGAACAAAAGAAGUCAUUGGAAAACCAACUCCAGCUUAUGAAGGGGGUUGAGUCGGAACUGGGUACCGUUCAGAUCCAAAAGCAGAUUCUGGAAGACGAACGGAAGUCGUGGACCAGCCUGCUACAGGACAAUGAUGAGUCAGCCGAAUUGGACUCUCCGGACGCGGUUGUGAAGGCUUUGCUGCAGGAACGCAUUGAGAAAGCAACAUUUGUAGACAAGCUGGGAACUGUUGAGGCGCAGUUCCUGGAGAAGGAUGAAAUGAUCCAAGCGCUUGAAUCGGAAAAGACAAACCUACGACAAGAACUGGCCAAGGUUCAGUCUGCUGGUGGCGCUGGAAAUAUGGCAGAUAGUCGGGUCAAAGCGAGACUUGAGCGGCAGCGCGCUCUCGCUAUCAAGGAGAUCGAAUAUCUUCGUGCGCAGCUGAAGACUUUCGACACGGAAGAGAUUACUAUGAACGAGGAGAGCCGGUUUGACGAACAGAAGUCGGAGCAAAUUGCAAACCUGGAGAAGAUCAUUGAUGAGUAUCGAGAGGAAUUAGAAAAGGCUCAUGAAGAGCUUUCUAAGCGGGAAGCUCCUCGGCCAGAAGAACCCCGGGGAGUCAAACGAACACUGUCACCUGCUGAGAGCGAGGCAGAAAACGAGCGUCUUUCAGUGCUAUCCCGCAAAAACAGAAGUCUGCAAGAAUCGCUAUCCAAGUCCGAACAAGGCGCCAAGCUCCUUCAUCAAGAGCUCAAAGCCGCCAAAUCACAUCUCAGACACCUCCAAGCCAAAUCUCGCACCCGAGUCCUCGAACUCCGCGAUAACCCCACUGCACAAGCCGAGAACAUCAAGCUCUCCACCCUCACUACUCUCAAAGCAGAAAACCGCGAUCUCCUCGCGCAGCUCCGUGGCAGCUCCCUCCAUGUCAAAGUCGUCCCUGCUACCACCCUCGAAAGCAUGAAGCUCGACAUCCAAGACAUGGAACGCUCAGUAGCUGACAAAGAGAAACGCAUGCGCCGCCUGAAAGAGAUCUGGACGGCCAAGUCUUCCGAGUUCCGCGAAGCAGUCGCCUCUCUGCUGGGCUAUAAGCUGGAUUUCCUUCCCAACGGUCGUGUACGUGUUACGUCCAUGUUCCACCUCUCGCCUGCCUACCGGCACGGUGACCCGGGUGCCUCCUCGGACUCUAGCGGACCAGGAAGUAUGGGCAGUGGUGAGGAGAACUCGAUUAUCUUCGACGGAGAGAACGGGACGAUGAAAAUCUCGGGGGGUCCGAACAGUCUUUUCGCCAUGGAGAUUAAGCCGCUUAUUAAGUUCUGGGUUGAGGAGAGGAAGGACAUUCCUUGCUUCCUUGCGGCGAUGACAUUGGAUUUCUAUGACAAGACUACAAGGGCUGGAAGGAUAUAA